AUGGACAACUCCUCGCUGCAAUUCGUCUCCGAAAUCGGAAGACACCUCGCUCAACGAAGUCGUCCCAACAAGGACUUCAUUGUCAAAUCACUCGGAGUAAGUUUCGCCUUCUUCGUUACCUUCUCUUUCACCAAUGCACCUCCUGCACAGAUUAUACAGAUACCUGUGAUUUCUAUCAAAGCUGCAAAUGCUUUGGCUCAGAUAAAACAGUCUCCUCAACCGCGGACGGCCAAGGAAUUACAAGCUGCUAAGAAACAAGAAGAUGCUCUAAAGCCCCUGGCAAAUGCUGUGGUUUGUGGUGGUCUGCUUCAACAUGCAGAUAAAGAAGUUAGGCUUCUGGUUGCUAUGUGUGUCACCGAGCUCUUUAGACUCAUGGCACCUGAACCGCCUUUCGAAGACAAGCAUUUGAGGGAUGUAUUUAAACUCAUCAUUAGUUCAUUUGAGGAUCUAGCUGAUACCGCAAGUCCAUUCUUUUCCAAAAGGGUUAAAGUAUUGGAGAUAAUGGCUCAAUUAAAGUGUUGUGUGAUAAUGCUAGAGAUUGACUGCUUGGACCUGGUUCUCCAGAUGUUCAAUAUUUUCUUCUCAAUUGUGAGGUUGAGCUUAAGAUCUACCUACUCCCUCUCUUUCUCCUCCUUUUGCUUGGCUUCUUUACCUGAUUUCUGGGCUUAUUAUCUAAUUGAGGAAAACUUAUAUUCUGGAAUGCAACAAGAUGAACACCUUCUCAUUAGUGCCAUGACUUCUAUAAUGAUAAACAUUUUAUAUGAGAGCGAGGAGGCUUUUCAGCAACUUUUUGGAGUAAUUUUACAAAAUCUUGUGAAGCAAAAAAAGGAUGCAAUUUUAGCUGCUGAAAAACUUGCGGCAUCAGUCAUCAAAACUUGUGCUCAAGAGGAUGACCUGAACCUUCUAGUUUGUGGGUUCUUAGCUUCUUGUAUUCACGACAGAGAUGCUAUGGGCAGCGGGCUUAAAGAUUAUUACUAUGAAAUCUUCUCAAAGGUUUUCCAGUGUGCGCCUCAGAUGCUUCUGUCUGUCAUCCCAACUUUAAUUAAAGAAUUAUCGGCUGAUGAGGUGGAUGUUCGGAUAAAAGCUGUAAAUUUGGCGGGGAAGCUUUUUGCAUUGGAACAUCGAGUUGCUCAGAAGUAUCAUGAUCUUUUUGUGGAGUUUUUGAAAAGAUUUUCUGAUAAAUCUGUGGAUGUUAGGAUUAGUGCUCUGCAAUGUGCUAAAACUUUCUAUUUAGCAAAUGCCUAUGAUGGUACAGAAUCACGUGAAGUUAUGACAGCUUCUGUUGAAGAUCGACUAUUAGACUCUGAUGAACAAAUAACUGUUAGAAAGAGUGCCCUCCAAAAGUUGAUAAAGGUGUAUCGAGAUUACUGCAAGAAAUGUUAUGAAGGUAGCAUGACAAUCAGUAGUCACUUUGAAGAGAUUCCCUGUAAAAUUAUGAUGCUGUGCUAUGAUAAAGAUUGUAAAGAGUUCAGGUUCCAGAACAUGGAAUUUGUUCUUGCUGAUGAUCUGUUCCCUGAGGAUCUUCCAGUUGAGGAAAGGACAAACCAUUGGAUACACAUGUUUUCCCUUUUCAGUUUUCCUCAUGAAAAGGCACUGGAUGCUAUUUUGACUCAAAAGAGAAGGUUCCAAAAUGAAAUGAAAAAUUAUUUGGCUAUGCGGAAGAAAUUGAAGGAAAUUUGUCCAGAAGAAAUGGAGAAGAAGAUUGAAAGUAUGUUUACAAAGAUGGCAGCAUUCUUCCCUGAUUCUCACAAAGCUGAGGAGUGUCUGCAUAAGUUAAACCAAAUUAAAGAUAUUAGCGUGUUUAAAUUACUUGAAAAAUUGUUGGAGGAACAAGCCUUCACAACGAUGGGACAAACUAUGAAAGAUAAACAUCUGGCUAUUGUUCGAUAUUGCCCCUCUAUGCUGAAAGGCCUGGAACAACAGUUCCAAAUGUUGUUGGAACAGAAAAGUUCUGUUAAUGACAAGCUGAUCGAGGUUAUAGCAAAGGCAGUCUGUAAUAUGUCUUUCAAUCAUAGUGAUAUUUAUCCAUUUUUAAAGAGAAUUUGCUUGGACGGAACACGCAGACAGGCCAAAUUUGCGGGGUCUGCAAUCAUUGGUCUAAGUUCUGAACAAUCAGUUCUUAGAAAUUUAUACGAGAUGGAGCAUUUGGAUGAUGGUCAUGAUGCAAUAUCCUUUCAUGAUACUUCUCAAUGUAGUGAAUCUUGUCAAUUAAAGAUUUAUGGGCUGAAAACACUGGUGAAGAUUUCUUUGCAUUAUGAGGGAAGUUAUGUUAAGCGUAAUAUUAAUGGAUUGUUGGAAACUUUGUCAAGAAUGCUACGAGAAAGUGAUCAUUUUGUUAGUAGAGCAACUAGCUCCUGUGAAAAUGAUAAGGCUCAUAUUAGAUUAGCUGCUGCAAAGGCAAUCCUUCGUCUUGCUAGGAAGUGGGAUUUACAUAUUACUCCUCAGACUUUUCGGUUUUCUAUAUUGAUUGCGAAGGACCCUUCUUUGUUUGUUAGGAGCAAAUUUCUUAUUAAGACCCAAAAGUUGUUGAAGGGGCAUAAGCUACCAAUCAGAUUUGCUUGUGCUUUUGCUUUGGCGGCACCAAGUGGUAUUGGUGAUAUGCAAUAUCAGUUGCAUUACCUUUGUUGGAUAUCUAAUUAUAAUUUUGAAAAUUCAAAAGUUGAUUCUAGAGUCAUCUUGUCAUUUGUUAUGCCAUACUUCCUUUGUGGGCAUGCUUUCCUUGGUUCUUUGCCUUCACUUGAUGUGCACUUGGAUUCUUUGUUGGGCCUUUAA